GUCAAAAUUGACAGAUGAAAGUUGGUACAUUAUUUUGAGGUUACCUACGAAACGAAUCUCGAUCUAAUAUGACCAUAUUUACUCAAUUAAUUAGCGAAUGAUCAAACGAAAUGGUGUAACCGUUCAAAAAUGAACGUCCUAUUGAUAUUGUUUUUUAUAUUUGUCGUAAUAUACUCAUGUGUGUCAUGGCUGCUGCCGACGGUAUUGGCUUGGCUGUUUAUGAGAAAGUACCAUAUAAAGUUGAAAAUAGGCAGAAUCGCAGUGCCAAAGUUGAUACUGAAAGAUGUGAGCCUAUCCAAAGAUAGGUAUUCUAUUCACAUAGAUGAGAUAUCAUUUCAAAGUAGUUGUUUCAACUCUGAAAUCAACAAACUGGUGUCUGUCGUCAUCCGAGGAGUAGAAGUCACUAACAAUGUGGAAGAAAAGAGAAGUGUGGUGGUGGAAACUAUUCUUAAACCACUGCUGUCCAAGCAGAACUCCUCGGCUAGAGGCGAUGGGUACGAGGAAGUUACGGACUUCAAUAAUCUUGAAACUAGUUUGAACCGGUUAGCAAAGAAAGAGCUGUUGGAUUUCAGGGAUAAAAAACUGCCACAUAGUUUGAUUAUGUUUGCUCAGUUCAUGGGAGUUCACAUAUUCAACGCGUCAGCCACCAUCCACAAUGGCACUGUAGCCAGUCCGUGGUCUAUAACUGUGACAGCUGAUGAAGUCCACGCCGACGGCGCCGCGGGCGGGCCUGCGCGUGCGCUGGUCUUCUCCACCAAGCUUGUGGGGGCUAAGGCCAGGGUCGUCGGGAAGGGGGAGUGUUUGGGAGAAGCUGCCUGCUGUUUGGUGAUUGAGGGCACCGUGAAAGCUGAUGGGCCGUUGAAUGUUGAGAAAAUCCACGCAAUAAUCAGCAACACGUCAGUGACAUUCAAGGAUGAGUUGUACCAGUUUGUAAAGAGCCGCAAGAAACGCCGGCGACUACCAGUAGUGACUGUUGAAGAUCACGACCAUCUUGCCACUAUUAUACCACGACUGUCUCCUGUUAUACCAAAGAUAUUCAGCUUAAAAAUAGAUUCUACAAAAAUAAGUUGUAAAGACAAGGCUAUAAAUUCCGACUUUGAAAUGUCUCUACAGAGUUUACAAGUAAACUCAAGAUUCAGUGCAGCAUCUCUCAUAUACGAUGAUCAAGGUCUCGAAGUGGCGGGUCUGCCGCAGGUCUACGUGGCCUUCCAGAUGGAGCAGUUCCAACUGAUUGCUGAUAACCAGCAGUUGGCUGUGCUGAACAAGCUUAAACUGGAUGCUAAGCUGGAAAAGGGAGUACUAAACCUGUAUUUAAUAAUAAGCACACUAAACAUUAGCUACACUCAUACAGAAGCGUUUAAAUGGUACACAUCUGUCAAAGAGAAAAUCAGGAAAGCUAAACCUCUACAAAUUAUGGAGGUGGAGUCCCCUUCAUCCUCCCCUCCACUAUGGUUAUCUCGUAUCUUCUCGUCGUGUAUCGUGCAAGGAUGUGCAGAACUGCGCUCGGUGACCGUGCAUGCUAGGCUCAUGACUGAUAAUGCACUGGGCUUCGGAUGCAGUGGAGUCAAGGUUAAAUUGGACCAGUUGCUGGAGACUAGAGAGGACUGGUACCGUUGUGCGGUGACCCGUCAAGCAGUGGGAGGCCGGCAAUGGGGGGCAGAGCUCCUUGUAGACGGCGGCUGGGCAGCCUGCGGACGCGCGGCGCUGGGGCUGCGCGCGCCGCCGCCGCGGAGGCACCACUCGUGGGGCGAAGCGCUGCUCGCUGUUGCGCUUGUUAAGUGGGCUUCACAUGGACCUAAUGACUCCAAGGUAGAAGCCAUGGUAGACUGCCUCCGUCUAGAAUGGAGUCCCAUCAUAGCACAAACGAUCAUCUCCCUAACCGACUGCCUGAACCAGUACAAGUCUUCAACUCCUCGUCUCCCACCAGUCGAAGAAGUUCAGGAGACCAGCUCCAGCAUCUCAGUGAACGUGGCUCUAUCUCAUAUCAACCUGUUUCUGAUAGUGAACGAGGAUAUGUGUCUGAUGACCAGGGUUGAUGCGGUGACUUUGGAGAAGAGUGCCAGCAAGUCUGGGGCGGUCAUCUCAGGGUUGAAGGUGGUGGAUAUGGUACCUUAUAAAGGAAACAUCCACUGCCAACGCUCAGACGAGAUCCCCACCACAUUCUUCCACGUCAAACUAGCAAGAAUAGAGUACACACUCUCCAAAGAGAGAUACUCUGCUCUCCUCGACUUCCAGUUCAUAGAGAACGUAGACCUCGAGUGGAGUGCCAACUUGCACCUCAAAGUUCUAACCUUCGUUAGAGCCGUGAAGGAGUUUCGGCAAGAGAUGAAGAUGAGAAGAGAGGGAGUUGAGAAGAAAAAGGGAUGUGCGUUAGAUUGGAGGGUCGCGUUUAAAGGGGAGACGAAUUUAGGGUUGAUUUUGUCGAAGGAGAAUAAUAUGCUGUUUGCGACAGAUGACAUGACAAUAGCCUACGACCAUGAGACCGGGCUCUCCAUCAACUGGAGCAAGCUUAACAUGAUCCUGAACGGAGACGAGGUCAUCAUGGUGGAGGGGUACAGCCAGGAGCGAGCUGCUGAUGACCACGACGUCAGGGUCGAGAGGAAGGCCAACGAAGGGUUCGCCUUGACGUGGAAUAAGGUUUGGUCAGUAUCCGUAGACUCAGUCCGCGUAGUGUUCCCCUACAAGCACCGUUUCGCCGAAGCAGUACAAGGCGACUUCGUGUCUCUCUUCAAGUGGAUCAAGUUGGUGCACGGCAUCAAGAAGAAACCCUUCACCUCGGAGAGUCCACUGCCUAGUGAUCUGCAUAUUAAGAUUGAAGAGCUUCUCAUAGAGAUGAGUGACGACCCGUUCGAGGUGAAGUUACGUGACAACUACGAGCUCCUGGAAGACGAGUACAAAGAGAGUCAGAAGCGACGCACCAUGCUUGACGCUAAGGUACAAGAACUAUGCAAGCCCCACCUAUUCCUCCCAGCUGGUAAGGUCGAAGAGCUCUACGCGGCAUUACGUCAGAAAGACGCUCAGAUCUACGUGCAGCGAUGUCGCGCCGCGCCGCCGCCGCGGACAAGGCUCGUCGCGUGCUGUCUCAGCAGAUUCACGCUCAUAGCGUUAGCUGAUACUACCAUACAUGGCACUCAGAAUGCUACGGCGAGGCUUAGAGAUAUGGAUUAUGAUAGUCCAUGGCCAGAAGACGGCAUCGAGUUCACAACGCUGUGGUGCCGCAGCAUCAACAUGAGCUGUUCCCAGUGGCAGCUGCUGCUGAGAGACUUCCCGCAGCCGCUGCUCAGCAUGAGCGAGCUCAAGAUGUGGGGCACGCUGCUGGCUGCUGAGGAACAGGCUCCACCAAGAGCGGUCCGCACAGUCACCAUAGACCAGGGUGCGCCGUGGGGUGCUCAGGAGUUGGAGCGCAGCAUGAUGCCGCUCAAGUGGUACUAUGACCUGUGCUGCGAGAUGGCAGAGUACAGCUACGCCUUCGGACCCUGCUGGGAACCUGUCAUUGCUCAUUGUAAUCUUUCAUUCGACCAAGUCUCCCGCCCAUCCCUGGACCCCUCAGCCCCACUAUCCUGGUGGGACAAGGUGCGUCUCCUGAUGCACGGGCGCCUCACGGUGAACUGCGCCAAGUUCACCUGUCUCCUGCAUGUGUCGCUCGACCCUUACAACACCACCGAGGAGAUGGAGGUCACCUGGACUGACCUGGUGCUGGACUGGACCAAUGGUCGUCUCGGCUUCCUAGGCACUCUAGACGUGUAUGUACGCACGGCCAGCAAGUACGACGACUGCCGCGUCCUGCGAGUGCCGGCACUGCGGCUGUCCGUCAAGCUGGGCUGGCAGUGUGUCGCUGAUCCCAGGGACCAUCAUGCUGUGGCACCGUGUGCGCCUACUAGGCUGCCGGAGUACUCUAGUAACCAAGAACACGACUCAUACAGAGCAUUCCGUUCCCAAGGAUUAGAUUUACAUCUUAGUAUGGAAACCAAGCCAGUUGAAAAGGAAGGAAAUGGACCAGUGUUACUGUUGUAUGGAAGCACUCUCAGGUGGUUCGAGAGCUUAAAACUGAUCCUGUCAGGCAUCACGCGGCCGACGCGGCGCGGACGUAUCUUCAAGAAUGUGCGCCCGCGCAAGCCGCAACUGUCGCGACACUACCGCAACGUUAGCGUGUCUGUUACGUUACAUAAUUUACAAGUAUUCUACUGGUCAUCAUCAUCACUACAACGCGGUAUUGAGAUGCUAGGAGUCCGAGUGACCUGCGGCUCCAAGCACCGUCUCUCUCUAGUAGCCACCAAUGAUGGCCUGGUCCGAAGACCUAGGGCUAACUGGACUACGGUGUAUAUGAACUGUGAUCUGAACGAUGCUGAGAUCUGGUUGAAGACCCUGGCUGCUGAUGAGAAGGAUAGUGAUGAGUACUCAGCCCUAAACCCGCGCGUAAUGGAGAAGUGCUACUGCCUGUCAGUCCGCCGCGUGUCGUACGGGCGGGAAGCGGGCGCGUGUGCCGGGGCGCCGCCGACGCACCGGCUGGCCGUGCACGACCUGCGCGGCGCAUGGACCAAGCUUAAUAGGGACCUGGCCUUCGCGCUUAUUGAUACUUAUAUUAAGACACAGCAAUUGAAGAAGAAUUUAUCGACGAAAGCGUUGAAGGAGGAGGAGCAACCGAGCACGUCUCCCAAACACCAGCGCGAGGCUGACGUCAUCUCACCGCCUCCCGCUGUCACUACGCAGACGAGCGGCUCAGGCACAGCUUGCGGCGGCGGCAUGCUGGCCGCUCUAGUGGCGGAAGCGGGUGCGUCAGCGCCGGUGGUGUUCAGCGACGAGCUGAGCGGCGCGGAGGCGGACGCGCCGCCGCCCAUCACGCCGCACAUCAAGCACGUGCUGGACGAUGACAAUGCACAUACUGCGUGUCUCAUCGAGCUGGUGAACUCGCAGGUGGUGCUGAAGGGCUGCGAGACGCGCGGCUACGUGAUCCUGUGCGCGGCGCGGGCCGAGGUGCGGCAGCGCGUGCGUCGGGCGCCGGCCGCCGCGGCCUGGAGCGGCGCGCUGUCCGCCAUGCAGUACUACGCUACUGUUAGCGCUGCUGACCGGGACACGCUGCUGGAGAACAUCCAAUGGGUAUCAGUAGAGGAGAUUGAAGAGCGGUGGCAGAGUACAGAGAUCAGCACGCUGCCCGACGUGCCGCGGCUGGUGGGCAGCGGGCACUCGGCCGGCGGCGUCAUCGGCCGCACCGUCGGGCCCAGCACCGACACCGGCCUGCAGCAGCUACAACGCAUUGUAUCGCGUUGCGCGUGCGAGUUCUACUACGUAUCGCACGAGGAGGCGGAGCCGGGCGGCACGGGCGCGGGCUGGGCCACGCAGCAGCCCUACGACUCCUUCACGCUCAUGCACCACGACCUCAACGUGUGCACCAACUCGCUGCAGUACGCGAUGCUACUCGACGUAGUAAACAACGUGGUUUUACACGUAGAACCGGAGAGGAGACGGACGCUAGAGCGGCGCGCGCGCAUGCGGUUCCAGCUACAGUUGCAUCAGGAUCAGGACCCGAGGCAGCUGAUACAUAAGCUGCAGACUCAGGUGAGAGAAUCCUUGGCCAGACUCCGGAGGUUAGAAAAGGAAUACUACCUGAAGAACAGGUCGAUGACCGGCAACGAUCCUGUUGCUAUGGAUGAACUCAAGAGUUUGGAUGACCAGGUAAACGAAUGCAAAGAAUCAGUGUGGUCUCUAGGCGAAGAACUUGACGCGAUGGUCCGCGCGUGGCGCGAGGUGGGGCGCGCCUCCGCCGCGCCCGCCGUGCGCAGUGCGCACGCGCCGCCGCACCGGUACAACGAGAUCUGCUUCAAGAGCGCACGGUGGAGGCUCACCGAUGCUGACGGACAGCUGGGCAUUGCUGAUCUGCUGCUUACUAACUUUUUGUACACGAAAACCUCCCGAUCAGAUGACUCAGUGGAACAUCAGCUGGAGGUGGGGUACGUGCGCGUCAAGAACUUGCUGCCCAACGAGCCCUUCCCAGAGGUACUAGUACCACAAGAGCCGUCAGGUCGGGCGCCACUAGCUCGUCGCGCGGCGCUGCGCGUGUUCUGUCGCGACAGGCCGCCGGUGGGGGGCAUCGCUGUCAAAGAGCACUUCGAAGUCAACAUAGUACCUAUAAGGAUAGGUCUAACAAAGAAGUUCUUCAACACGAUGCUAAAGUUCUGCUUCCCUGAGCGCGACCCUGACUCCAUAGAGGACGGCGAGGACGAGGAGGGCACGCUGAAGGCCGGCGCCUCCUCCGCCAGCCUUGUCUCUACUGGCUCCAAGAAGAUCAAGAAGAAGGCUAAGGAUUCUAAUAGUAACUUUUACGUGAAGAGGGAUAAGAAGGAUAAAGAUGAUGUUGAGAAGAUGAAGGAGCGAGCCGAAAAGAACAAGCUAUUCAUCUACAUCAAGAUUCCCGAAGUACCAGUACGGGUCUCCUACAAGGGCAGCAAGGAGAAGAAUCUAGAAGACGUGAGGGACCUCCCUCUUGUCCUCCCUACGUUAGAGUACCAUAAUGUGACGUGGACUUGGCUGGAUCUGCUGUUAGCUACCAAGAGUGAUACCAGACGGGUGAUAUUAUCGCAAGCAAUUCGUCAAAAGCUGCAGCUACACAGACGUGCGGCAGCCGCGCCUGAGCCGCACGAAGAAGACAAGGCUAGGUUACUACUUGGAGAAAGAACUGUGGCAGAAAACAAACCGCAAAAGAAAAGUGCACCGAGCGUCUUCAAGUUUUCCAAAUCAUAGCGUAAGAUAUAGACGCUAUAAUUUAUAUUAUAGCGCAGCAUUUACUACGAACCAAACCUAGACUGUCGCCUAGCUAGUAAGAGGCUACACUUUAUUAAUGUAUACGCUUUAUUAUAGCUUUGUAUGUUGGUAUGUAAGUGUCAAUUUUGUACGGAAAUCUCAUUCUAAAAAAAAAUUCCUAUCUGUCUAUUCGUAUAUAUUGUCUGUUUGUUCCAUUUGCUACUAAAUGGCUUAGUCGAUUUCGAUAAAGUUUGGUCAAGAGACGAAAAGUGAAAAAGAUUGUAAUUGUAAUUAUAAUCCAUCUCUUCAGUUCAUAGGUAAAUCCGAGGAACACAGAACAUUUUGAUACCUAUAUUUGUGUAAUUUGAACAAAUUAUCUAAUGUUUUUUAAACACUUAGAAAUAUUAUGGUUCAUAGAAUUUAUUUGGUAAAUACAUACUUCCUAAUUAGCACCAUGGCAUAGAAUGCUUCCUUUAAUUUAAUUAAAGAAAUCACUAAUUACUUGAACACUAAAAGACAGUAGAAGUAUGAGAGAGAGAAUUGCCAAAUGUAAGACUGUUGUGAUCUUUACAAAUGAUCUGCUAAUGUAUUAUGGACUCUAUAGUUCAGGGAAUAAGAUGCAAUUUCGUUAAUAGCUAGUUUUGAACAAAGUUACAUAAUUUAAUGGAUUUUAUUUUUUAAUUUUAUAGUGCAACUGCCAAUACAUCGAUUACGAAAUAAAAAAUAUACUUAUCUUUUCAUCAUCAUUUUAUUGUCUAAAUGUUAAUCUUUUGCGCGUCUUUGGCACAUUUUUAAAAACGAAAUAAUUAAAAUGUUUUUAAUAUAAGCAUCAAAAGACAACUUUAUGUAUUGCUUUAAAAUAAAGAUAAUGAAUUGAUAUUGAGAUUAGAAACCCUACCUACUAACAUAAUUUUAUGCAAGUUUUUAAACGAACAUAGGUAUAUGAAUAUGCAUAAACAUGUGACGUUAUAAUUUUUUUGAAAUUGAAAUUAAAGGUUCGGUUAUUAAAUUUUAGGAAUAAAUGCAAAUUAUUGAUUUAAAAGACAUUGCAAUAAGUUCAAAAGAUAUUAAUAGCAUAUUAUUUAAUGGGUAAAUUAAUUGUUUAUAUAAAUUACAUAUUUACUCAAGAUAAAAGCGUUAAUUGCUUAUUGGUAUUAUUCCAGUACAUAUAAUUAGUUACUGUUAAUUUAUAUCGAAAUUCCUAAUUUACAGUUGAGUCACUGCCUCGUGACAUCAUAGAUGUUAAAAUGACUAAGUUUGUAGUUUUUGUGUAUAAAUCAAAUACUUUUAUAAACACUAUGUAAGCACAAAAUGCUGUGAAGUUAAUCCAUUCAGUAUUUAAAGGUAAUUUAUUGAUGUAAGCGUAAAUUGUAUAACUAUGUAUGUAUUUUUGUAAUCACCAAUGUAUAGUAAGUUAUGAUAUCGGAUAUUCGUAUCAAAUGGAUUUGUUAUUAAAUGUUGUAAAUAUGUA